AUGGUGGGUGUGGGAGCGAGUACAAGCCCGGUCAGCACUGGAUCUGAGCGGGGUUCGACGUCCUCGGCCGCCGCUGCUACCCCGGCCCAACUUGUCCAGUGGCUGCCUCGUUCUCCCAUGCUGGCAGCCAACUUCCCCCUCGCUAUGUGUACCUCUCCCCGACUCUCCGGCGCAUCAGCCAUCGAAGAGACCGCUACUCAGAUCAUCAUCCACGCAAUAAGGACAUCGAAAUCUGUUCAACCGUUCAGGGCGUUAGACCCAUGGGACCAAACAAGCCUAUUACAGGAAUGUUGGGCGGAGCUUUUCCUGCUACACGCCGCCUACUGGCCCCCUGCUGACUUUUGCGCUCUUCUAAGCCACUCCCACUUAAGGAUGGACGAUGCUAAAACGGAGACGGACUCAAAGGGCACGACACGUCGAAAGAGCGAAGUGGUGGAUGACAUCCAAGAGAUCACUGUACGAUUACGAACCCUCAACCUCAGCACCCACGAGUUCGCUUUCCUGGAGGCCAUCGUCCUUUUUAAACCAGAUACAAAAGGCACACUUCGGGAGAAGAGCAAGGUGGAGUUCUUCCGCGAUCAAUCGCAGGUGGUUCUCGCGCAGUACGAGAACAUCGUACAUCCCGAGAGUCCCGCGAGAUUUGGCAAGCUUCUCCUGACCAUGCCCGCCCUGAAGCGCGUGGGCACGGAAAAUCUCGAAGAACUGUUUUUCAGGAGGACUUUGGGCAAAGUGCAAGUAGAGAAGAUUCUCGAGAGGAUGUAAACAUUUUGAUAUGUCUAGAAAAUUAAGAAAGCGAUGGAUAGAAAUGAUUUUAUGGCAAUUAUAGCUUUCCAAGGAUUUGCAGUUAGUACUGAAUGAAAAGCGGUUAUUCCGAUCACUGGAUAGACGGACAAUAGACCAUCAACUACCUGCAAUUUGCAAUACAAAACCGUUUAAUGCAAAGAACGAUUUCAGCGAGUUUUCUGUUUAUGGUAACUCCCGUAUAUGAACUCGGCAGGACAGCAUUUUGCUGGUAAACUGAUAGAUGGCCAGUCUGAUGAAGUGUUUAAGAGGACGAUAUGGACUUAUAAUUUUAUUCUACAUCGACAUGAUCAUGUUGAAUUCAGGUGACGAGCUAUACGGACUACCGCCACCAGAGGGCGCCCUGAUGUUACUGUUAACCAAUUGACAACCGAGUCCUGUAAUAUCCAUAGGCUUUUUAGAGGCAAUGUGUUAAUAGAAAAGCCUAACUCCACCAAGAGGAUACAAGAGUGGUUGAACGCCAUUUUUGGUUUCAACCAUGAUGCCGUAAUUAUACAAGUUUACUGGGAACCUUAAAAGAACGCAACAUUAAAGGUUAAAAGAAUGCAGUUGCUGCAAUCAAUUUCAUUAGAAUGUUUUUAAAAUCAGUUAAUCUUAUCGUAAAUCUGGUAGAUCUGGUACAUUGAUUUAAACAUUACUUUAUGAAAUAUUGACAUCUUAGCCGAAAACCGAUAAAUCUGAAUAUCUCUAACACAGAAAAGAACAAGUAAAACAGUAUACUAAUAUUACUUCGAAAAGACCCGACAUUUUUAUAAAAUACCGUGCUUAUUUUGAUGAUUUGUCAACAAUUACACAUUUUAUUUCAGAGCGAUUUGGCACCAAUUUGGCACAUAUUUAUUUUUCCUAUACAUCGAACCCAUUUUGAGAUCAUUACCAAAACCGACAUUCAUCUGUUGAAUUAAAUAAUUGUGAAAGAACUCAAUCAUAAGGCCCUGUUGUAGUCAUACGACGUCAAACAAUAUAAACUGACCAUUCAGACUUUCGCCGUGUUUUUAAUAGAAUUUCCCCCUUUUCACGGCGGAGACCUCUUUGUGACUUGAACCUGCAUUUAGGCCCCGUCUUACAAAGAGUUACAGUUGAUCUGAUCAACCUCAAAGGUGUGGUAAUCCAUAAUAUGUCAUAAUAUUUCAUCCAAGAAAGAUUCAGAAU